AUGGAGCAAGAACUCCUGUCGCUCCUGGCAGACACCCAGUCGCCUCGGGCAGACGCCAGGAAAGCCGCGGAGGCCCAACUGGCCCAGCUCAACUCGAACGAAUCCUUCCCCAUCUCCCUCACAGCCAUUGCCUCUCACGAGUCCGUCCCCGUCAACCUGCGUCAAUCGGCACUCUCAGUUCUACGCACUUUCAUCUCUUCCUCCUGGUCUCCGAACCUCGACGACUUCACGGGCCAGGUGCUUGUCACCGACGCGAACAAGGCUCAGAUCCGCCGCGCACUUCUGGAGCUGGCGACUACCGUCGAGACCCCCGAACGCAAAGUCAAGGCUUCCGCUAGCUAUGCUGUUAGCAAAAUUGCCAGCGCCGAUUUCCCAGAUGACUGGCCUGAGCUUCUGCCCACGCUACUUCAUGUGAUCAACGACCCUGCUACGAGUGACACUGCGCUGCAUGGAGCGCUGAAGGUGCUGUUGGAUCUUGUGGAUACUGGCUUUAGUGACGAGCAGUUUUUCAAUGUCGCCCGCGACCUCGUCUCGUCCCUUUUCGCUGUGGCAACAUCCGAGUCUCGUCGCCCGAUGCUGCGGGCGCUUGCCGUUGCGGUAUUCCGGUCAUGCUUUGAUACAUUGGAGAUGGUCUUGGAGCAGCACAAGGCUGCCAUUAAGCAAUUUGUGGAUGAGGUGCUGAGUGGUUGGUCACCAUACUUUGUUGAGACGUUAAAGGCACCGCUGCCUCAGCCGCCGAGUCCAGAGGAAGCAAACAAAGUGGGCGAGAUUCCAUCGCAAUGGCGUGGCAUCGUUGGGUUGAAGAUUCAAGUUGUGAAGACUGUCAUGAAGAUCCGCAUGGUCUUCCCUGGACUUCUUACCGCCCAAAGCCCUCUCUUCUUCUCAACUGUCUGGGCAGAACUAUCCAAUGCUCUCCCUAUCUAUCAGAACUUUUACAUCGAGGACGAGCGCCAAGGACGUCUGGAAGAUGUGGACGGUCUCCCAUACUCGCUGGAUUUCCUCAUCCUGGAGGAGCUGGAUCUUAUUCAAGCCCUCUUGAAGGCGCCACCUGUGAAAGCGGAGUUGACACAACAACUGCAAAACGCUGGCGCUGCUGCUAGCUCAUCCGGCUGGCUACCCGAGAUCAUGAAGCUUGCCGGUCGCUACUCGCAGAUUACCUGCGAGGAGGAGGGCCUGUGGGAGAUUGAUGUGAACCUCUUCUUGUCGGAAGAGACCUCGGUGACCGCAAACUAUACUCCUAGAACUUGCAGUGGCGACUUGGUUAUCAAGGUCGGCGAAUGGCUGCACGAGAAGGCGGCCGAGGGUAUUCUGACCUAUCUGAACAGCCUUUUCGCCGAUGCCUCUGCCUCAUGGAAGUCCCGUGAGGCUGCCCUUUAUAUUCUCAAUGCUCUCCUUCGUGAUUUCGGCGAGGUCAACCAGCCAAUUCCCCAAGAUGUGGCUACUCAUUUGACCCAGUUUGUGCAAUACGCUACUCAGCAGGAACAGGAGCUUCUACGCGCCCGAGGCUACCUCGUGGCUGGCGCCCUGGCCAAGGUUGCUGGCGAGUCUUUCCAGCAGACUACGAUUUCCUACCUGGAAGCCGCUCUGAAAGCGAUCGCCGAGGACCCGGCCGAGGUGGUCAAGGUGGCCUGCAUCCGCGUUCUUCAGGACCUCAUUCCCUCUCUCCCUGUCAGCGUGGCUCGCCCAUUCCAGACGACUGUCAUCUCAGCACUCUCCGAGUUUGUCUCUGCUCAUGACCUGCGCGAGGAGACUGACUCCGAUGAUCUCAAAGUUACACUGGCCGAGACGCUCCGGGAUACCAUCAUGGCGGACCCAUCCGUGGUUCUGUCAUCCUUGGCCAUCGACGUUCUCUUCAACAUUGCCAGCAGCGGUGCUGAGAAUUUCCAGCUCACGAUGACCGUAACCGAGGCGUUUGAAGAUAUUGUUGAUCGGAUUACCGAGCACGGACCGGAUGCGUACACGCGUCUCUGCGAGAAGGUUCUUCCCUCGCUGAUGGGCGCCGUUGACGUGGGCAACCUGACUGAAGAGAACGAACUGACGGUCUUCGCAGCGGACCUGCUCCGUGCCCUGGCCGAACGUAGCCUGGAUCCCAUGCCGGCUGGCUUCGUGGAGACCGUCAUGCCCAAGCUCAACCGUCUUCUACUAGAGUCGGAGGAGGGUGAGUUGAUUCGGCCCGCGACCGAGGCUGUGCGCCACAUGCUCGCGCACGACUUUGCGCAGUUCGUCGCGUGGCGCGACCCUCAGUCUGGCAAGGAGGCUAUUGAGGUCGUCCUAGUCAUCAUCGAUCGUCUGUUGGGUCCGGCCGUGGAUGACAACGCCGCUACCGAGGUAGGCCAACUAGCUGCCGAGCUGGUGGAGCGUGCUGGCUCUGAGCGGUUGGGACCAUAUCUCCCACAGCUCCUGCAAGCAGUUGCGCAGCGCCUGGCGACUGCCGAGCAGGCCCAAUUCAUCCAGAGCUUGAUCUUGGUGUUUGCACGGCUGACCCUCAUCAGCGCGCGGGAGGUGGUUGACUUCCUGGCGCAGGUGAACCUCGGCGGACAGAGCGGACUCGUUGUAGUUCUGAGCAAGUGGCUCGAGAACUCGGUCAACUUUGCCGGCUACGACGAGAUUAAGCAGAACAUUUUCGCCCUGGCACGCCUCUAUGAACUGUCCGACCCACGGCUGUCUGAAGUCCCCGUCAAGGGUGACCUGAUCAUCACUGACACAGGCCGUAUCAAGACGCGCUCUCAAGCCCGUGCCAAUCCCGAUCGCUUCACCACUGUCCCUGCACCUCUGAAGAUCAUGAAGGUGCUGGUUGAAGAGUUGGCCGCUGCCUCGGGCAACAAGGAAAUUGACGCUGCGCAGGCGGCCGCCUUGGAAGAUGCCGCGAGUGAUGACGGCGAUGAUGACUGGGAGGAUGAGCCGGGCCAGAUUUUGGAUCUCGGACUGGGCAUGACCAAGCAGCAACUAAUGAGCUUCGGCGAGGGUGGAUCGGAGAGUGUGUUUGGUGUGCGUCGUCGAGAUGACGAGACGCAGGCGUUCCUGGCCGACUUUUUCCGGCGUGCGUCGCAGCAGCCAGGUUUCCAGGAAGUCUUUGCGGCGCUGACACCCGAUGAGCAGGGGAAGUUGCAGGCAUUGGGAUGA